CUCUAGUCACGUGUUUCAUAAGGCGCCAUCUUCGAACAGUGAUAUGUGCUAGAUGUAUGUUGCUUUGAAUUUUAUCCUAAUUUUUCUCAAAAUAUGGACGAAAACGGUGUUGAUAGCGAGAUCGCACGAGCUGCAGAAAAGCUCUCUAACCUUGAAAUCAACGAAAAGCCAGAUGAUGAGAAGGCACUUAAAGCAAAAUUCAAUGAAUUGUGUCUUUCUGGGAAAGAGAAAGCCAGACAGGGGCUUCUAGAGGAAGCCUUAGCAGACUUCCAGGAGGCCUAUAAAAUACAUGAGUCAGCCAAGCUCUUGAGGAGGAUUGAGAAGCUAAAGGAGUUUAUAAAAGAAUAUGAGAAACAAGAGGAGAAUGAAGGUGAUGAAGCAGAAGAGGAAGAGGGAGAAGACGAUGAUGGAAGAGAUGAUAUUGGUGAUGGUUUCCUGCUUGCAAGAGAGCUCAGCACUGCCUUGUAUCCUUACCAGAAGGAGGGUUUGCUCUGGUUUUGGAAACUCUACAACAGGAAUCAAGGAGGGAUUUUAGGAGAUGACAUGGGGCUGGGUAAAACUAUUCAAGUGAUUGCAUUCUUGGCUGGUAUGUUCGACUCUGAGCUUAUUAAGUCAGCACUCAUUGUCAUGCCUGUAUCUCUCAUAACAAACUGGGAGAAAGAAUUCAAAAAGUGGGCACCUGGCAUUCGUGUAUAUCCAUACCAUGGAAGCAACAAAAGAGAGCGCUUGAAAAAUCUUGAGAAAAUUCAACGCAAAAAUGGAGUUUGCUUGACCACAUAUGGUCUGGUCGUUUCAAGCCAUGAAGCACUUAGCCAAACAAGCACUGGAAAGGACUACCAGUGGGAUUAUAUUAUAUUAGAUGAGGGGCAUAAAAUCAAGAAUGUAACCAAGACAAGUAAAAACGUGAGGGCCAUCCCUGCAAAACACCACUUUAUCUUGACUGGAACCCCUAUACAGAACAACCUACGGGAAAUGUGGGCGCUAUUUGACUUUACUUGUCAAGGACAGCUAUUAGGCUCAAGUAAAACCUUUAAACAAGAAUAUGAGAGUCCAAUCACUCGGGCACGCGAAAGAGAUGCAAGUGCUUAUGAGAAACGCAUUGGUGGGGAGAUGGCUGAGAGUCUACGCAAAUUGAUCCAACCACACUUCCUGAGGCGCACCAAGGCCAUGGUCCUGAAAAACACCAAGAAAGAGGAGGAAGGGACUAUCAAGGAGAGGGAGGAGCAGAUAGAUGGCAGUCAGUCCAUCCCAAAGAUGCCUUCUGCAAAAGCCCCCGAGGGUCUGAAGCGUAAGAAUGAUCUCAUCAUCUGGCUACAGAUGUCUGACACACAGCUCAAGAUAUAUUCGGACUUUCUUGGACUCGAACGAGUUAAAGAGAUGUUGAUGAGUACGCGCUCACCUCUCGCCGAGCUGAAUGUACUGAAGAAGAUAUGUGACCAUCCCCGCUUGCUCUCCGCCAUGGCGUGCACCCAGCUGGGACUCAACGAGCGAGACAGGGCGAUUAUUGACGAAGAAGAUAAGGAAAAUCAUCUUGAAGUCGACCUGAGUGAUGGUUCGUCCGGCCCAUCCGACCAAACACUCAUCCAAGAGUCUGGCAAGAUGGUGUUCCUGGUAGAAUUACUGGACAACCUGCGAGAGCAGGGACACCGGUGCCUGAUCUUCAGCCAAUCCAGGAAGAUGUUGGACAUCAUUCAGAGGGUCAUUACGCACAGGGGCCAUAAAGUCCUCCGUAUUGACGGUACCAUCACUAGCACCUCCGAGCGCCAGCAUCUUAUCAACACCUUCCAGAAGAACUCAUCAUACACGUGCUUUCUACUUACGACUCAGGUUGGUGGUGUUGGGAUCACCCUUACCGCUGCUGAUCGCGUGGUUAUCUUUGACCCAAGCUGGAACCCUGCCACAGAUGCCCAAGCCGUGGACAGGGCGUACCGUAUCGGGCAGAAGAAAUGCGUCGUGAUCUACCGUCUGAUCACGUGUGGUUCGAUCGAGGAGAAGAUCUACCGCAAGCAGAUCUUUAAAGACGCGUUGAUGAAGCAAGCGACAGGCACUUCUAAAAAUCCUUUUAGGUAUUUCAGUCGUCAGGACUUGAGGGACCUGUUCACCUUGGAUGACCCCACCAAGUCCAAGACACAGCAGCAGCUGGCUAAGCUACACGCCAAGCAACGGAGAUCAGACGAGCAGCUAGACAGGCACAUCGACUACCUACACACUCUAGAUCGCGUGAUAGGCCUCACAGAUCACGACCUGAUGUACAGUCAGGAGGCUGUGGAGACUCCAGAAGAGCUAGCUGAGGCACCCCCACAUGACGCCAUACAAGCGCGGGUUCUGCGCGCGCAGAAUAUGGUAGCCGCUGAAUCAGGACAGCAGAAUCACAAUCCCGUCAUGCAACCGGCACCGUACGAGAACCCGAAGUUCCCGAUGCACGUUCGUCAGCCGAACCCGGGACGAGAAAAGCCCGAUGUGAACAUCCUCAUGGAGAAAUUCAAUAGCCGUAACCCCAUCCAGAGCAAAAUGCCCCAGCACUUCGAGGUGUUUAAACCUUCGCGUACAGACACCAAGCGCUUCGUGCCAGGCGCUGUUAAGCCUAAGAAUCCUCGCCAAGCACCAGCCAAGUCUGACGAUGUGAUUGACCUCUGCACCCCACCCUCAACCCCUGGGGAGCAAAAAUCCCCAAGAGAACAGAUGCAAUCGACUGGAGCAGAUGUUAGUGACGUAAUCGACCUGUCAGACCAGGUUGCCAUGGAAACGUCAAUGAAGGAUCUUUCAAUCAACUCAAUGGGCAGUGCACUGGAGACUGAGAGUGUCCCUCCUUCAGACAUGGCACUAUCAAACGACUCCUACAUAGAAGAAUCAUCACCGAUCGACCGUUCCGCUGAUACGCCUACCUUUGAUGACUCUGCCAUACAGGACGUCACUAGACCUAGUUCAAGCGACUACAAUAGUUUCGAGCCUUUGACUAAAACUUCGGUUGUAGAGGAUUUAGCUGAAUCCUCUAAAGAUGCCUCGAUACUUGAUCAAAAUGCUGAUACUUCCGCUGUCAAAGAGCCUUGUAUGAAUAAUACAAGUAGCAAACACGCAUUAGAGGCUUCGGCAAGCGAAGUCUCCCUUGGUUCCAUUGAGAGCUCGGACCUUAAUCUACCCCUGGCCAAUUCUACAUUUCUACCUACGUUUGAACUGAAUAUCGAGGGAAAAGAUGGAUUGACCGAGAUCCUGGAAACGACUGAUUACGACAAUACGUCGGCGGAUGGUUAUAACGAUAGGCCCGAGGCAGGAGAUGUUUCAUCAACAGACGAUGCAUCUCAGCCUAUUCCUCUAUUUGAUGACAGGUUGUUCCAGGCAAUUGACGUUCCAGGCAACAGCCCUGCACGCUCGCCGCGGCGAAAAAGUCUCAGACAUAAGCGACGCAGCAUCAGCCAGCGACCGUGCCCAGACAUUGUUGACGAUUCCGAUGACGAAAGCGAGACCACUAGCCGUCCAUCCUCCAGACAGCAGUCGAUGUCGGAGACAGAGAGUGUACACGAGGAGUGCCUCGAUACGCUCGGUUCCUCUACUCACUCUACUGGUCUAGAAGGAAGGAGUGUUGUGUAUGGUACUUCUCCCCCAGCGAACUUCCUUGACACCCAAGCUCAGGAAAACGCUGACGGAGCCAGUGAAGUUGUGACAUCUUUUGCUGAUGAAGACUGCAAAUCCACGGACCAGACAGGCUCUAAGAUUGUGACAUCUUUUGCUGGAGAAGGCUGCAAAUCCAUUGGUCAGACAAGCCCCGUGGUUGUUGAGCAUGUAUCGCUGUCCAGUCUAGGGGCUGAAGAUGACGAGAUGAGCUUGACUCGCAAGCCAAGAAGACGUGUCGCUCGAAUAGAAAGCAGCGACGAGGAAACCGAUAGUGAACACAGAAGAGAAGAAGAAGAAGUAUCGGCAGAAUGCGAAGAGCAAAGCCCGUCAAACAGUGGUGAUGAAAGUGAUGUUUCAAGAGGCGACGAGGGAUCCGGCAGUAAUAAUGUUGAUGAAGUUAUAGAUGCGAGUCACGAUAUUGGUGACCCCGGUGAUGACGAUGAUGACAUUGAUGAUGGAGAUGACAUUGAAGGUGAUGACGAUGAUGACAUUGAUGAUGGAGAUGACAUCGAAGGUUAUGACGAUGAUGACAUUAAUGAUGGAGAUGACAUUGAAGGUGAUGACGAUGAUGACAUUGAUGAUGGAGAUGACAUUGAAGGUGGUGACGAUGAUCACAUUAGCGGAGAAGAUAUUGGUGGUGAUGACGAUGAUGACGACGAUGUUAUCGAUGGCGAAGAUGAGGAUGACAUUGUUACUGGUGAUGAUACCGCGGAUAACGAUGAAACAGGUGAUGAUGAUGAUGUUGACACGGCAACCCUGCCCGUCAGACGAGUUCGCCGUCUUGACAGUUCUGAUUCAGACGCGACUAAUCCAUCCGAGGAAAGAGACCGCCAUAACAUAUCCCCUGUUGCCGAUCAGAUUGUAACCUUGAGUAGCUCUGGUGAGCACUGCUGCAGCGAGGCAGUCGUGAAAGCGUCGAGCCCUGGGCAGGCUAGCGAGAAGCAAGCCAAGUGUCCGACAGGGUUGCACAGUUCACAUGUUGUCACAAUCAGCAAGUGUACAUGCAUGUUGAACGAGCGCCAGAAAGAUGAGUACAACCGGCAAUACCGUCUUGCAGAGCAAUACGAAGCUCGAGGUGACGAGACCCCAGCAUUGGAACAUUACUUCCAAGCUCUAGAGAUCGAUGAGGGUGACUUGCACUUACACAAGAAAGUACUGACACUGUCCAGAGACAAAGGCCUGCUACAAUGUGACUAGACAUAUGUGAAAAAUGAAGCACAACACUGAGCCUAGACCAAUACAUGUUUAGGAGAUGGGACUAAAGGGGAUGUGCUUUCUUGGUUUGAGGAAAAGGGGGCCAAGAGAGAGACAUUUAUUACAGAGGGAUGGGGCUAAAGGGGAAUGUAAUGUAUAACUUUGAGGAAAAGGGGCCGUGAAGCUACUCUGAGCCAAGACAGAGAAAUGUUAUUUGAACAGCCUCUGUCACCUGCCAUUUUGCCAUCCCAGCAAAGUACCAAUUGUGAAAAAGUAUCCAUUUCCAUUGGCUGAUUUGGGAAAGCCAAUGCGUAGAUGGUUAUUUCGAGAUUUUAAUUCAUUGUGUGCCUUUCAGUGUGACUUUCAGUGGGGCAUUAUUUAUCCUAUUCUUUAUUUUGAAAUGUGCUGGCUGGGUUUGAGGGAAUGAGGGCUUAGCACUGCGUUUAAACUUUAUUCUUCUCUUUUCAAUUGAGAUACCUGCGUAGUAGACUUUAAUAAUCCAUCAAAUACACAGGAUACAAGCUAAAAAUAUAGGAUACAACCCAAGGAUAUACCCUUCCUGUCUGCAUCCCCUGCCAGGACAGAUAAUAAUAUCACUUGCAAAUUUGAAAUUCUAAAAGGCAAUCCUUUGUUGUACAACACUAUUUGUUGUGAGAAAAAGUUACAGUCUCCGUUCAAAAUUAGAAAUCGAUUCAAAUGUAUAGGAGAAUAGCAUUUUUCCAGAUACUGAUUAGAAAUAGCAAGAAACUAAAUAUUGUUUUAUUACUCAUUCUGUCUUUUCUUUGUACAAAAUUUGUAUAAAUUAUCUUAAUUUUUUCUGAAACUCAAUUCAUUCACAUUCCAUAAAAAAUUUAAAUGUUCUAGAAAAAAAGCUAAAACCAACCCUAAAAGUGACUUCUUGAUUGCACAAUGCUGUUGUAACAAUACGUAACAGUUUCUAUUCAAAAUUAGAAAUCGAUUUGAAUGUACAGGAGAAUAACAGUUUUUCAAAUACUGAUUAGAAAUAGCACGAUAUUAAAUAUUGUUUUAUUACUUA